AUGGCGAUGGACUCUUUGGUUCAUUUGAAGAGCUGCCUGGCAGCUGGCUUGCUGCAGAACAAAGUGGCCCUCGUCACCGGCGGGGGCACGGGCAUCGGGAAGGCCAUCGCGACCGAGCUCCUACAUCUGGGGUGUAAUGUGGUCAUUGCAUCUCGUAAAUUGGAGAGAUUAAAAUCUGCUGCAGAUGAAAUGAAGGCCACUUUACCUGCCAUCAGCCAGGCUCAGGUUACUCCUAUGCAAUGCAACAUCCGUAGAGAAGAGGAGGUGAAUAAUUUGGUUAAAUCUACUUUAGAUAUUUACAGUAAGAUUGAUUUCUUGGUAAAUAAUGGAGGAGGCCAGUUUACUGCUUCUACAGAAGACAUCAGUUCAAAGGGAUGGGAUGCUGUGAUCGAAACCAAUCUGAGAGGCACCUUUUACAUGUGCAAAGCAGCUUACAAAUCCUGGAUGAAAAAGCACGGAGGGUCUAUUGUCAACAUCAUUGUCCCUAUUAAAGUUGGAAUGCCAAGAUUUGCUCACACAGGAGCUGCCAGAGAAGGUGUUUACAACCUUACGAAAACUUUAGCUGUCGAAUGGGCUAGCAGUGGAGUGAGGAUCAACUGUGUUGCCCCGGGAAUAAUUUAUUCCCAGUCUGCUUUGGACAACUAUGGUCAUUUGGGAAAUGAUUUAUUUGAAGGGUUCUUUAAGAGUAUCCCAGCUAAGAGACUUGGAGUUCCUCAGGAGAUUUCUCCCUUGGUGUGCUUCCUACUCUCACCAGCAGCUUCCUUUAUCACUGGACAGUUGGUGAAUGUGGAUGGGGGCCAGUCCUUGUACAAUCAUUCAUUUUAUGUACCAGAUCAUGACAACUGGCCUGAGGGACCAGGGGACCUAUCAGUUGUGAAAAAGAUGAAAGAGGCUUUAAAGCUGAGAGCCAAGCUUUAAGUCAAGGAAGCAAAAGGGCUGUCUCUGCAGAUGUGUCACCACUUGAGAAUGUGUUUCUGAUCUUAGGAGCUUGUAAUUUGUUUGAGAAAAUCACUCUCUGCUUUAUUAUGUGUUAUUUAUUAUGCCUAGGGGAGAUUUAUUUCUGU